UGAUCCUGUGACUAUAAUUCUACAUGCAGGUAGUGUAAAGCAGUAUUUGCAGUGAAGAGAUGCAGUGCAUUGAUAUAUUACUAGCUAUUUUGUUUGUCAGCAGUGGAGUGGCUACAGCAGCUGACAGCUCUGCAGCAGUGCCUUCAAGCAAAAUCAGCGACUGUAUCGAUAGCAGCGAUUACCUGAAGAUUGAAAAAUCUCUUCUGAACAGGUCACAAAACUUGGUGAAUUUGCAUCGAGCUUUCUUUCCUACUAAUAAACAAGCGAGUAUUUCGAUUAAUGUCACCUACCACUUUAUUAACUCUAACGAUACAGUGACCUAUCAAUGGCUUGACUCGUCUGUCUUGAUGCUGAUUCGCAGUGACUUACUUCAUUAUCUCUCACUAUUUGCUUACAACGUCAAGACACGUUGCACAGAUAUUACUCUUGACCCGAUUUGUGGCUUUUCAAGUGAUGACAAUGUAACUAACCCAGAUUCAGGACCAAGUGACUAUUGCAAAGUGACUAACAGCACUGGUCAUCAUCUACUCAACAAUCUGACAGCUAAUCUUCUCACGUAUGCUAUACAUCGUAAUUCUGUGAUAACAAAGGGAAUUGACUCGACAAUUGAAAGUGGAUACUCAGUGUACGUUUUUAAUUCAAGCAAUCCCAGUGACUACUGUAUAUUUGAUGAAGUUCCCAACUUCUUGCGUUUAAGGACACUGUUGUGUAUUGCCUUUGGACUGUUGGAGAUAUCAAGUGUGUUUUCCAUUCCUUUGCUAUUGGCUAGUAUGUAUGAACGAUUUAAAAGAAAAAUGACUGAACAAAAUCUACGAUACUUUGUCUGGGCAACUCUUGUAUUGAUUGUGCCGAUUAUUCUAUUGUUAAUCUUCUGCAAUAUCUUGGCUCUUAUCAAUGGCUUGACAACGCCACCUACACACUAUAGUGAUAUCUACACAGCUUUUAUCCUGAUGGCUAUUGGUAUGGGAAUUUUUCUUGCGGCAGACAUCGGAACAGCAAUAGUUGUUGUUUUUCGGUUCAACAGUAUUGAAAAUUCUUGGCAUAAUAUAAACUGUUUUGGCUUUCGGGACUGUAAGAAUACUGGUUUGAUAUGUGGAAAGAUCUUCCUUCAUGGUUUUGCUAUUUUUGCUGUAACGUUGUUCACUCAACUUGCACUUUUCAAUUCUAUUUAUAUGUUCAUUGGAGCCAUAGCUGCUCCUGUGGAAACCGGCUCACUUCUUCUCUUGUACGUUACAAGCCUCUUUGCACUGAUAUCAUUCUUUGCUGUGAUCCUUAAAGUUUUCCACAAAACACUACCACCAGCAAGAGGUCCGACCGACCGUAUUGCAACACCGAAAAACGCACAAACAAAAGCACAAAAUAAUCCAACACCAACCUUCAGCUCUUUGGAAGAACAACAACCAGAAAAUGGUAUGGACGAUCAGCCAAAAAUUGUACAGAAAAACAAUAAUAUCACAUGGUGUGUAUGUUUAUGUUACUUUUUUCUCCUUAUUGCUUUGGUUUGUGUACUGGCCGCUGGUAUUGGUGUUUUUGUUUCAUUCAUGUACAUCUAUAUAACUUUGAACCAGGAGUACCGAAACAAUCGCGGCAUACUGACCUUCCUUGCGGCUCUCAUCCCCUCUCUCUUUGCGUCAAUCUCAGGGAUAUUCUGGACAAGGAUUAUGCAAUGCAUUGGAAAAGAUAACAAUGAUACAGUUAUAAGGAACAGAAUAGAGGAACAUAUGACUCAAAUUUUCCAGUUAAUGGAAGAAGGAAUUGUCCAGAAGAUCAAGAGAAAUGGACGUGGGGACAAACUUAAGGCUAGUAGUACUACUACUAGUGAAACUACCCCUCUCCUAAAAAAAAAAGAGAAGAGUUAGUGAAUAAUUAUGAUCCUAAGCUUUAUUUUCUACUUCCACAUUGAGCGUGAAUGUAACUGAAUAAUUAAUUAAUUUUUGUGUGAUCAAGGUGAUGUUACAAAAUACUA